UUUGUUAAUUCAGACAUCAUGCCCACAAAAAGUCAGAGCUAUACCCGAAUCUCUUGCCAGCCGUCUGUUUCCCUCCGUUCAAGCUUCCCGUCCUCUCAACCUCUCUCUUCCUCUCUCGCUGACUUUUCUUCUCCAUCAUUUACCAUGUUCUUGAAUUUGGUUUCGGAAGCCAGCCUCUUCUUACAAUUUGUCCAUUUAUCCAAUCUGUUAAUAUCUUUUCGAGCUUUCUCUGGAUCAAGUUUUGAGGCGAAACUGGCGAAGAUUUGGAUUGAAUUUCCACGAAAGAUAUGGGCAGUGCUGUUUAAGUCAAUGAAAACGAAGGAUAUUAUGGCUUCCUGUUUAUUGGAUGAGGAUGAUGCUUGAAAAGAUGUCUGAUAUGGCUUGUUUGAAUUUUAUGAUCUGGAGUUGUUUCAAGCUUCAAGUAUUCUGAAAUUGAGUAAAUGAUAUAGAAUCGACCAAAACCUGAAAUUUUGACGAUUCAAUAAUUAAGUGUAUUUUCUCUGGGACUCUCUAUUAAAUAAGUCUCUUAUUAAGAAGCUGGAAUUAUCAGAGUGUGGAAUUGACAGCUUUUGGUGAGUUGACAUCAAGUUUUAUCCCUUGACUUCUCCAGCGCAGAAAUGCAUUCCAUAUCAGCUCCGCAUUUUUACGUAGCCAAUUGUUUAAAAUUCCAACCUUUGGAGCCCUGUCCCAUUGAGGAGUAUUUAUAGAAUGAUAUUAUCACAACGUGAUCAUUUGGACAUGUUCCAUUUUCUUCUUAUUGAUGGAAGGUCAACAUCUUCAAAUGCAAUGAGAUGAAAAAAUCAUUGUGGCGCAUAGCUGCAUUCCUGAUGAAGGAACUUACCUAUCGAUGCGCGAGGAACAGAGUUGAUUGGAGGAAACUCUCUCUUUUUGGGGCCAUGUUGAUAGUGGCUGGUCUUGUAUUUCAGAUGUUUACACUUCCUUAUUCCCUGAACAUGUGGUUUCUGUCGCGUCCUGCUAUGGUCUCAUUAUCUGGAUCUAUGAAUGGUACAAUUCCAUCAAGUGAGGCCCACAGUGAGGCAAGGGCUGAGCAGUUUCAAUUUGUUCCAACUGUGCCCAUUGUUUCAGCGAAUUUUUCUCUUAAGCUGAUCCAAUCAAUGCCAGUUGAGCCGAAGAAAGUUACUGAUCCUGUAAAGAGAAAACCUAUCUCUAGAAGGAGAAAAAAGAAUAUCAAGCCAGAUGACAAGUCAAACGUGUCAUCUCCUCCUCCCCCUCAUAAAAAUGUGCCAUCUCGCUUCCAGAGAUACAUUUGGUCUUUGCCACCAAAUGAGGCGCUUGUGUAUGCUAAAAAAGAGAUUGAGCAUACCCCAGUGGUUGUUGAUGAUCCUGAUCUUUUUGCUCCUUUAUUCCAGAAUGUUUCUGUUUUCAGAAGGAGCUAUGAAUUGAUGGAAAUGAUACUUAAAGUGUUCAUUUACCCUGAUGGAGCAAGGCCAAUUUUCCACCAACCUCAUCUCAGAGGAAUUUAUGCUUCUGAAGGAUGGUUCAUGAGAUUGAUGGAGGGAAACAGGCAGUUUACCACGAGGGACCCUGAAAAAGCUCACUUAUUUUAUCUACCGUACAGUGCUCGCCAGCUGGAGAUGGCACUCUAUGUGCCUAAGUCACAUAAUAUGAAACCAUUGUCAAUCUUCCUGAGGGACUAUGUGAACAUGAUUGCCGCAAAGUAUUCAUUCUGGAACCGGACACAUGGGGCGGAUCAUUUCCUUGUUGCAUGCCAUGACUGGGGCCCGUACACAGUAACAGAGCAUGAGGAACUAAGCAAAAACACCAUAAAAGCUCUAUGCAAUGCUGACCUAUCAGAAGGAAUAUUUGUUGCUGGCAAGGAUGUUUCCCUGCCUGAAACUACUAUAAGGACUCCCAGAAGACCUCUUAGAAAUGUUGGUGGGAAUAGAGUAUCCCAACGCCCAUUCCUUGCCUUCUUUGCAGGAAACAUGCAUGGCAGAGUCCGCCCCACAUUGCUCAGCUACUGGCGUGACAAAGUUGAAGAUAUGAAAAUAUAUGGGCCUCUACCAAUCAGAGUCUCCCGCAAGAUGUCUUAUGUGCAGCACAUGAAAAGCAGUAAAUAUUGUAUAUGCCCAAUGGGAUAUGAAGUGAACAGCCCUAGGAUUGUUGAGGCCAUAUACUACGAGUGUGUUCCAGUAAUUAUUGCAGAUAAUUUUGUCCUCCCGUUCAGUGAAGUACUAGACUGGAGUGCGUUCUCUGUCGUGGUGACUGAGAAGGAUAUUCCUAAGCUGAAGGAGAUUUUACUGGCAAUCCCAAUGAGAAGAUAUCUAAAGAUGCAAAUUAAUGUGAAGAUGGUGCAGAAACAUUUUCUCUGGAACCCAAGGCCAAUUAGAUACGAUCUGUUCCACAUGAUUCUGCAUUCAAUAUGGUUCAACAGGCUCAAGCAGAUUCAAAUCACAAAUUCCUAGCAAUUCUAUUAGCGUUCCCAUGAAUGCAGAUUGGUUUUCUUAGUACCCUGGAGAGCAAAGCAGAUCCAAACUAGCAACUGCUGCACUAGAAGACCAAAACCAGGGCCAAGAAUGAGGGUCAUUGUGAAAAAGACAUUGGGAAGGAACCCAUGUAAGCCUCCAAAUUCUAGUGUUUGUGGGUGUAGAGAUUUUGGAGUGUGCUUCCCAUGAUAAUUUUGGGAGUUGAGGUGUCUUAUUUAUAGAUGAAUAUAUAUGUGAUUUGUUACAGCAAUCAAAUUAAAAAACAAAGAUAUAUAUUAUCUAAUUUUAUCAACAUCUAUUGAUAAAGAAGAUGGAGGACAUAAACUUGUGCUGUUGGAGUUAUCUUUGGAAUCUUUAUCUAGUUUUGAAUUUGAGUUUAAUGCA